AACUGCAAAGCAUCUCUGGUUUGUUUCAGUGAUAUAAGACUAUUUUCGAUAAUUUCUAAAAUCAAUGAUAGUCUCUGAAUGGAUAAACGGAAGCGUAACUUCAACCCCGAAAGUGAAAUUGGGCUAAUUUAAUUCAGAGAAAAUUUUAUGAAGACUUUCAUCUUCGUUCCGGCACGAUGACAGCUACAGGUUCCAAGUACGAAAUUCCGGAAGCAGUCGACGAAAAAUUUUUGGCGACAUUGGGCAAAGAUGUGGAGAUGCAGACAUUUAAAACGAACCUUGCUCCCGAAAGUGAAAGUUCUACUAAACAAGACAAAGCAGUGGUACUGCUGUGUGUUGGAACUCUCACAGGAAAAGAAAAUCUAUUCGUGAACGAGCAUUUCUGCCGCACGCCUCCUAAAGGGUCUCGUUUACCGACCGUAUGCAUGGAUAUCCAUUUAAAGAAGAUCAAAUUGUCAUCGGAAAAUAAGGAACAAUCAUCGGCAGCCAUUUACGAAAUCGAUCCUGAAGUUUACAAGGGAUUCAAUUUUGACUCUUGUCACGGAAGUAUAGUGUUUUGGACGCCUGAAUAUCCGGCAUCAUUAGGAGAGGUCAAAAAAUGGGUUAAAUCAAUUAACAAGCUUGCAAAUUCGCGAGUUCCUUUCGUGCUUAUAACGUUUAAUUCGAACAAUUUGGAUUGGAUAGGAAGUGGAAAGAUGUUUGAUAGCGUGACAACUCUGCAGCGGUUUUGUCGCGAGAUGGGUUUCAUUUCGUGGUACGAGAUGAAAGCGCGUGACUGGGACGGGCAGGUUUUCGAGCAAGCCAUAACUUGCUUGAUGGAUGAGAUUAAUUUGGUAGAAUCUGCUUGAUGACUGGCAGAUUUAGCACCCUAAAUGAUUUGCGAGGAAUAGUAAAACUGGUCUUCUUUCCAGGAUCAACAUAAUAUGGAAC